GGGAUUUCCCUCAAAGCCCUGGGUCUGGGGACCUGGGAAGUAGGAGGGAAGGGACUGCGCGCAACCGAGCUGCAGGCGGCGGAGCCGGACGGGCUGGGAGGGCUUAGCCUCUUCGGCUGUGGCUCCAGCCCGGACCGCGCUGCUCAACUUUCCCAUCCUCUGGCGAAGUCCUGGUUACCCGGAGAUCCCGCAGGCAGCGUGCUGAGUGCCUGGCACUUUCCGGAGGUGUCGCUUGUAGUUUACCUUGGGACUGAUUUUGCAUGCUCUCAGGCUGACCUGUUGGAGCCUGAACACCUGUACCAUGCGGUCUGCUGGGACUCCCGGAAUCGCCACACGCGCGCACCGGACAGCCAGUGCCACCAGCUUUCAGCUAAUACCUGCGCCGCCGCCCAGACUGCUGCUGCUUCUCCUGUCACUGGUAAGCCGCAUCUCGUCACAGCCGGCUGCCCCCGCCGGAGUACUGUUGUCCCCGGGUCUCGCAGGGGUUGCUGGGGUCCCUCAGGAGGAAACCAUAGUGCUGGCAAACCGCGGACUCCGGGUGCCUUUCGGACGUGAAGUGUGGCUGGACCCGCUGCACGACCUAGUGUUGCAAGUGCAGCCAGGGGACCGCUGCAAGGUGACUGUGCUAGAAAACGACGCGUUAGCCCAGCGGCCUGGCCGCCUGAGUCCUAAGCGCUUCCCGUGCGAUUUCGGUCCCCGCGAGGUGCGCUACUCGCACCUGGGCGCGCGCAGCCCGUCUCGGGACCGCGUUCGGCUGCAACUGCGCUAUGAUGCCCCAGGAGGGGCGAUCGUGCUUCCGCUAGCCCUGGAGGUGGAAGUGGUCUUCACCCAGCUGGAGGUUGUGACUCGAAACUUGCCCCUGGUCGUGGAAGAACUGCUGGGGACUAGCAAUGCCCUGGACGCACGGAGCUUGGAGUUCGCCUUCCAGCCGGAGACGGAGGAGUGCCGCGUGGGCAUCCUGUCUGGCUUGGGUGCGCUGCCUCGCUAUGGAGAACUCCUCCAUUACCCGCAGGUCCCGGGAGGAUCCAGGGAAGGAGGCGCGCUUGAGCCUCUCUUAAUGGACUGUAAAGCGUUCCAGGAGCUAGGCGUGCGUUACCGCCACACAGCCCCUAGUCACUCACCAAACAGGGACUGGGUGCCUAUGAUGGUGGAGUUGCGUUCGCGAGGGGCUCCUGUAGGUAGUCCCGCUUUAAAACGCGAGCACUUCCAGGUGCUCGUGAGGAUCCGAGGAGGAGCUGAGAACACGGCCCCCAAGCCGAGUUUUGUGGCCAUGAUGAUGGUGGAGGUGGACCAGUUUGUACUUACCGCUCUGACUCCAGACAUGCUGGCAGCUGAGGAUGCUGAGUCUAACCCGGACCUGUUGAUCUUCAACCUCACCUCUCCCUUUCAGCCAGGGCAGGGUUACUUGGUGAGCACAGAUGAUCGCAGCCUGCCCCUCUCCUCCUUCACUCAGAGGGAUUUGCGCCUGCUGAAAAUUGCCUACCAGCCUCCCUCGGAAGAUUCCGACCAGGAGCGUCUCUUUGAACUAGAGCUAGAGGUGGUGGACCCCGAAGGAGCAGCCUCAGACCCUUUUGCCUUCAUGGUAGUGGUGAAGCCCAUGAACACACUGGCCCCAGUGGUCACCAGAAACACUGGUCUUAUUCUCUAUGAAGGUCAGUCUCGGCCCCUCACAGGUCCUACAGGCAGUGGACCACAAAACUUGGUCAUCAGUGAUGAGGAUGAUCUGGAAGCAGUGCGACUGGAGGUGGUGGCUGGGCUCCGGCAUGGCCACCUUGUGAUCCUGGGUACUUCCAGUGGCAGCUCUGCUCAUAAGACCUUUACAGUGACUGAGCUUGCAGCUGGCCAGGUGGUCUACCAGCAUGAUGACAAAGACGGUUCUUUGAGUGACAACCUGGUGCUCCGCAUGGUGGAUGGAGGAGGCAGGCACCAGGUACAGUUCCUGUUCCCCAUCACCUUAGUGCCUGUGGAUGACCAGGCACCUGUUCUCAAUGCCAACAUGGGGCUGACAAUGGCAGAGGGUGAAACAGUACCCAUCCCACCCUCUGCGCUGAGUGCAACUGACAUGGAUUCUGAUGACUCUCUGCUGCGUUUUGUGCUGGAGUCACCCUACUCAACCACAGGGCAUCUGCUUUUUCGCCAAACUCAUCCUCCCCAGGAGGAGGAGGGUCUCUGGAGGAAACAGGGAGUAUUUUAUGAACGAAUAGUGACAGAGUGGCAGCAGCAGGACAUAACAGAAGGGAGGCUGUUCUACAGGCAUUCUGGACCCCACAGUCCUGGGCCAGUGAUGGACCAGUUCACAUUUAGAAUCCAGGACAACCAUGACCCUCCUAAUCAAUCUGGGCUUCAGAGGUUUGUAAUACGAAUUCAUCCUGUGGAUCGCCUCCCUCCAGAGCUGGGCAGUGGCUGUCCCCUUCGAAUGGUGGUACAGGAAUCCCAGCUCACACCACUGAGGAAGAAGUGGCUACGUUACACAGACCUGGACACAGAUGACCGAGAAUUGCAGUACACAGUGACUCAGCCACCCAUGGACACAGAUGAAAACCACUCACCAGCCCCUCUGGGCACUUUGGUCCUGACUGAUAACCCUUCAGUGGUGGUGACCCAUUUUACUCAAGCACAGGUCAACCACCAUAAAAUUGCUUACAGACCUCCAGAUCAAGAGCUGGGAGUUGCUGCUCGGGUGGCCCAGUUCCAAUUCCAAGUGGAGGACCGAGCUGGAAAUGUGGCCCCUGGCACCUUCACCCUUUACUUACAGCCAGUGGACAACCAGCCACCUGAGAUCCUCAACACCGGCUUUACCAUUCAGGAGAAGGGCCACCACAUCCUCAGUGAGACUGAGUUGCAUGUGAAUGAUGUAGACACUGAUGUGGCCCAUAUCUCUUUCACACUCACCCAGGCACCAAAACAUGGCCACAUACAAGUGUCUGGACAGGUACUGCAUGUAGGAGGGCUCUUCCAUUUGGAGGACAUAAAACAGGGCCGAAUUUCUUAUGUUCAUUAUGGGCGUGAGUCCUUGACUGAUAGCUGUUCCUUGGAAGUCAGUGAUAGACACCAUGUGGUACCCAUCACUCUCAGAGUGACUGUUCGGCCAGUAGACCAUGAGAUGCCCAUGCUGAGCCUUCCUGCUGGUACUCUGGAGUCUUAUCUGGAUGUCUUAGAAAACGGGGCUACUGAAGUCACUACCAAUGUUAUUAAGGGGACCAAGGAAUACACUGAUGAUUUGAUGUUGACUUUCCUCUUGGAAGAUCCACCCUUGUAUGGGGAAAUUUUGGUCAAUGGAGCACCAGUAGAUCACUUCACCCAGAAGGACAUCUUGGAGGGCUCUGUCAUCUACACCCACACCAGUGGUGAGAUUGGCCUGUUGCCCAAAGCAGACUCCUUUAACUUAAGUCUGUCAGAUAUGUCUCAAGAAUGGAGAAUUGGUGGCAAUACUAUUCAGAGCGUUACUGUGUGGGUGACCAUCCUCCCCGUGGACAGCCAAGCCCCAGAAAUCUCUGUAGGGGAACAGUUUGUAGUAUUAGAAGGUGAUAAAAGUGUUAUAACCUCAAUGCACAUUAGUGCUGAAGAUAUUGAUUCCCCAAAUGAUGACAUCUUGUGCACCAUAAUUAUUCAGCCCACCUCAGGUUAUGUGGAAAACAUUUCUCCAGCACCAGGCUCUGAGAAGUCAAGAGCAGGAACUGCCAUAAGUGCUUUCACUGUGAAAGAUCUCAGACAGGGUCACAUUAAUUAUGUCCAGAGUGUCCAUAAAGGGGCAGAACCUGUGGAAGACCGAUUUAUAUUUCGUUGUUCUGACGGCAUUAACUUUUCAGAAAGACAAUUUUUCUCCAUUGCAAUCAUUCCUACCAAUGAUGAACAACCAGAAAUAUUUAUGAGGGAGUUUAUAGUGAUGGAAGGCAUGAGUCUAGUGAUUGAUACACCCAUUCUCAAUGCUGCUGAUGCUGACAUCCCCCCAGAUGAUUUAACUUUCACUGUCACCCAAUUUCCCACUCAUGGGCACAUAAUGAAUCAGCUGGUAAAUGGCACAGUUUUGGUGGAAAGUUUCACGCUGGACCAGAUCAUAGAGAGUUCCAGCAUUAUUUAUGAGCACGACAACUCUGAGACCCAGGAAGACAGUUUUGUGAUUAAACUAACAGAUGGUAAACACUCUGUGGAAAAGAUGGUGCUCAUCAUGGUUAUCCCUGUUGAUGAUGAAACUCCAAGAAUGACCAUCAAUAAUGGACUGGAAAUAGAAAUUAAGGAAACCAAAAUUAUCAACAACAAAAUAUUAAUGGCAACUGAUUUAGACUCUGAGGACAAAUCCUUGGUUUAUAUUAUUCGUUAUGGGCCAAGACAUGGCUUUUUACAAAGACAAAAGCCUACAGGAGUUUAUGAAAAUAUCACACUGGGCAUGAAUUUUACCCAGGAUGAAGUAGACAGAAAUUUAAUUCAAUAUGUCCAUGUUGGGCAAGAGGGCACUCGGGAUCUAAUUAAAUUUGAUGUGACAGAUGGAAUAAAUGCCCUCAUAGAUCGCUACUUUUACGUAUCCAUUGGGAGCAUUGACAUUGUCUUCCCUGAUGUGAUAAGCAAAGGAGUGUCCUUAAAAGAAGGUGGUAAAGUCACUCUCACAACAGAUCUACUAAGUACAAGUGACUUGAACAGUCCUGAUGAAAACUUAGUUUUUACCAUCACCAGGGCUCCCAUGAGAGGCCACUUAGAGUGCACAGAUCAACCUGGAGUGUCCAUCAUAUCUUUCACUCAGCUCCAACUGGCUGGCAACAAAAUCUAUUAUAUCCACACAGCUGACGAUGAGGUGAAGAUGGACAGUUUUGAGUUCCAAGUCACCGAUGGGCGUAAUCCUGUCUUUCGAACAUUCCGUAUCUCUAUUAGUGACGUGGACAAUAAAAAGCCAGUGGUUACCAUUCAUAAUUUGGUUGUCAGUGAAAGUGAAAGCAAACUGAUCACUCCCUUCGAACUAACUGUUGAAGAUAGAGAUACUCCUGACAAACUCCUGAAAUUCAUUGUUACCCAGGUACCUAUUCAUGGUCAUCUCUUAUUCAACAAUAGCAGACCUGUCAUGGUUUUCACCAAGCAAGACUUGAAUGAAAAUUUAAUCAGCUACAAACAUGAUGGCACAGAGUCAAGGGAAGACAGCUUCUCUUUCACAGUGACUGAUAGUACCCACACAGACUUCUAUGUUUUUCCUGAUACAGUGUUUGAAACAAGGAAACCUCAAGUGAUGAAGAUCCAAGUCUUAGCUGUUGAUAACAGUGUCCCCCAAAUUGCAGUGAAUAAAGGGGCUUCUAUGCUUCGCACUCUGACCACUGGCCACUUGGGGUUCAUGAUCACAAGCAAAAUACUGAAAGUGGAGGACAGAGACAGCCUACACUUUUCUCUUAGGUUUAUUGUGACAGAGGGCCCUCAACAUGGUUAUCUCCUCAACCUGGGCAAAGGCAACCACAGCAUCACUCAGUUUACCCAAGCUGACAUUGAUGAGAUGAAAAUAUGUUAUGUCUUACAAGAAGGAGCUAAUGCCACAAGUGAUAUAUUCCAUUUUGUGGUUGAAGAUGGUGGUGGAAACAAGUUAACCAACCAGCACUUUCGUCUGAAUUGGGCAUGGAUCUCCUUUGAGAAGGAAUAUUACCUGAUCAAUGAGGACUCCAAAUUUCUUGAUGUCAUUCUUAAACGCAGAGGUUACUUGGGAGAAACCUCAUUUAUAAGUAUUGGCACAAAAGAUGGGACAGCAGAAAAAGACAAAGACUUCAAAGGCAAAGCCCAGAAGCAAGUGCAGUUCAACCCCGGCCAGACCCGGGCCACGUGGAGAGUUCGGAUUCUGAGUGAUGGGGAGCACGAGCAGUCCGAGACCUUCCAGGUGGUUCUAUCAGAGCCAGUGCUGGCCGCCCUGGAGUUCCCUGCAGUGACCACUGUGGAGAUCGUGGAUCCCGGAGACGAGUCUAUGGUGUUCAUUCCCCAGUCUGAAUACUCCAUCGAAGAAGACGUGGGGGAGCUGUUCAUUCCCAUCAGGAGGAGCGGGGACGUCAGCCAGGAGUUGAUGGUGAUCUGCUACACACAGCAAGGAACAGCAACCGGAACUGUGCCGACCUCCGUGUUGUCUUACUCUGAUUACAUAUCCAGGCCCGAGGACCACAGCAGUGUUGUCCGCUUUGACAAAGACGAGCGGGAGCAAAUGUGUCGUGUGGUCGUUAUUGAUGACUCCUUGUAUGAAGAGGAGGAGACCUUCCAUGUCCUUCUGAGCAUGCCCAUGGGUGGGAGACUCGGAUCAGAGUUCCCACGGGCUCAGGUUACAAUCCUUCCUGACAAAGAUGAUGAACCCAUCUUCUACUUUGGGGAUGCCCAGUAUUCUGUGGAGGAGAGUGCUGGCUAUGUAGAGGUGCGGGUGUGGAGGACGGGCACUGACCUUUCCAGGCCAUCCAGUGUCACCGUGAGAUCCCGGAAAACAGAUCCUCCCUCUGCAGAUGCUGGAACAGACUAUGUUGGAAUCAGUCGAAAUUUAGAUUUCGCACCUGGAGUCAACAUGCAGACUGUUCGAGUUAUCAUCCUGGAUGACCUUGGACAACCAGUGCUGGAGGGAAUUGAGAGAUUCGAACUUGUGCUCCGUAUGCCUAUGAAUGCUGCCCUUGGCGAGCCCAGCAAAGCCACACUGUUCAUAAAUGACUCUGUCUCUGAUUUGCCUAAGAUGCAAUUCAAAGAACGAGUGUACGCUGGUCAUGAAAAUGAUGGCCAGAUAGUUGCAAUGAUCCACAGGAGUGGGGAUAUCCAGCACAGAUCAUCAGUGAGAUGCUACACACGGCAGGGGUCCGCACAGGUGAUGAUGGACUUUGAAGAACGCCCAAACACUGAGGUCUCCAUCAUCACAUUCCUCCCUGGUGAGACAGAAAAGCCAUGUGUACUGGAACUGAUGGAUGAUACACUCUAUGAGGAGGUAGAGGAGCUGCGUCUGGUACUUGGCACUCCCCAAAGCAGUUCUCCAUUUGGGGCUGCAGUUGGUGAACAGAAUGAAACUCUGAUAAGAAUCCAAGAUGAUGCUGACAAGUCUAUUAUCAAAUUUGGAGAAACAAAAUUUAGUGUCACUGAACCUAAAGAACCAAGCGAAUCAGUGAUCGUCAAAAUUCCAGUGAUUCGCCAAGGAGACACUUCCAAGGUUUCCAUCGUGAGAGUCCAUACCAAGGAUGGCUCAGCCACUUCUGGGGAAGACUAUCAUCCUGUAUCAGAAGAAAUUGAGUUUAAGGAAGGAGAAACCCAACACACUGUUGAAAUUGAAGUAAUAUUUGAUGGGGUAAGAGAGAUGAGAGAGGCCUUCACUGUUCACUUAAAACCUGAUGAAAACAUGAUAGCGGAGACACAGGUGACCAAAGCUAUUGUAUACAUAGAAGAAAUGAACAACAUGGCGGAUGUCACUUUUCCUUCUGUCCCUCAAAUUGUGUCUUUGCUGAUGUAUGAUGACACUUCCAAAGCUAAGGAGCACACUGGACCGGUAUCUGGCUAUCCUGUCAUCUGCAUCACAGCUUGCAACCCCAAAUAUUCAGACUAUGACAAAACAGGUUCUAUUUGUGCAAGUGAGAACAUCAAUGACACUUUGACUCGCUACCGAUGGCUGAUAAGUGCUCCAGCUGGUCCUGAUGGUGUGACAAGCCCCAUGAAAGAGGUGGACUUCGACACCUUUUUCACAUCCUCCAAGAUAAUCACGUUAGACUCCAUAUACUUUCAGCCUGGCUCCCGGGUGCAGUGUGCGGCUCGUGCUGUGAACACCGAUGGAAAUGAAGGGCUGGAGCUGAUGAGCCCUAUUGUAACCAUCAGUAGAGAAGAAGGCCUUUGUCAGCCGCGUGUGCCUGGAGUUGUGGGGGCCGAGCCCUUCUCAGCUAAGUUGCGCUACACUGGUCCUGAGGACCCGGACUUCCCCAACCUUAUCAAGCUCACCAUCACAAUGCCACACAUAGACGGCAUGCUCCCUGUGAUCUCCACUAGAGAGCUAACCAACUUUGAGCUGACCCUCAGCCCUGACGGCACAAGAGUUGGCAACCACAAGUGCUCCAACCUCCUGGAUUACACUGAAGUGAAGACUCACCAUGGUUUCUUGACUGAUGCAACAAAAAACCCAGAUGUCAUUGGAGAGACAUAUCCUUAUCAGUACAGUGCCGCCAUCAGAGGCUCCAGUACCUUACGCUUCUACCGAAACCUGAACCUGGAGGCCUGCUUGUGGGAGUUUGUAAGCUACUAUGAAAUGUCGGAGCUCCUGGCUGACUGUGGAGGCACUGUUGGGACAGAUGGCCAGGUCCUAAACCUAGUGCAGUCCUACGUGACCCUCCGAGUUCCUCUGUAUGUUUCCUACGUGUUCCAUUCCCCUGUCGGGGUAGGAGGCUGGCAGCAUUUUGACUUGAAGUCGGAGCUCCGUCUGACUUUUGUGUACGACACUGCCAUCUUGUGGAAUGACGGGAUUGGCAGCCCGCCAGAAGCCGAACUCCACGGUUCUCUCUAUCCAACCAGUAUGCGCAUCAGUGAAGAGGGAUGCCUGGCUGUGAACUUCAAGACCCAGGCUCAGUUCCAUGGCUUGUUUGUGCUAUCACAUCCUGCAUCCUUUACAAGCUCAAUGAUCUUGUCAGCUGAUCAUCCAGGCCUGACCUUUUCCCUUCGCCUCAUAAGGAGUGAACCAACCUAUAACCAGCCUGUACAGCAAUGGAGCUUUGUCUCAGACUUUGCAGUACGUGACUACUCAGGAACCUAUACUGUAAAGCUGGUGCCUUGCACCACUCCAUCCAAUCAGGAGUAUCAUCUUCCAGUCACCUGCAACCCCAGAGAGCCUGUCACCUUUGACCUUGACAUUCGGUUCCAACAGGUCAGUGAUCCAGUGGCAGCUGAGUUUAGCCUAAACACCCACAUGUAUCUACUUUCCAAGAAGAGUCUCUGGCUGUCAGAUGGAUCCAUGGGAUUUGGGCAAGAGAGUGACAUUGCUUUUGCAGAAGGGGAUGUAAUUUAUGGUCGUGUCAUGGUAGAUCCUGUCCAGAAUCUGGGUGACUCCUUUUACUGCAGCAUUGAGAAGGUUUUCCUGUGCACUGGAGCUGAUGGCUAUGUGCCCAAGUACAGCCCAGGCAAUGCAGAAUACGGCUGCUUAGCUGAUUCUCCUUCACUCUUAUAUAGAUUUAAAAUUGUGGACAAAGCUCAGCCAGAAACCCAAGCCACCAGUUUCGGAAAUGUCCUAUUUAAUGCCAAACUGGCAGUGGAUGACCCUGAAGCCAUUGUCUUAGUGAACCAACCUGGAUCAGAUGGAUUUAAAGUCGACUCCACACCACUCUUCCAGGUUGCUCUGGGCAGAGAAUGGUACAUACACACAAUCUAUACAGUAAGAUCGAAAGACAGCACCCUUCGAGGUAUCGGCAAAAGGAGCGUGGAGUACCAGUACCACUCCCUGGUGCAUCACAGGAAGCCCCAGGCAACUAUCAAGAACAGAAAGAAGAGGGAGGUCAGGAGCACAUCCCUGCUGGCAAGGGAAAUUGGUGCUGAAAACAACCGAGGAACAAACAUCCAGCACAUUGUCCUGGACCGCAGCAAAAAGAGGCAGACCCCCCAAGGCAGAGUUCCUCCUGACAGCACCUUACCCCGGGAGCUCAACAGUCCCGGCUCUGAGAUCAGCCUAGUCACUGUCUUGGGAGGCACUGCAGUAGGAUUACUCACCAUCUGCCUCACUGUCAUUGCAGUAGUGGUGUGCAAGAGCAAGGGGAGUGUCAAGGGGAAGAAUAUCCCAAAAGGCUCUGGCAGCAGCAAGCCUGUGAUGCCCCCACAGAGCCACCAAAGUGACAGCUCAGAGGUGUGA